AUGGCACCACCACCGACACCAGCCCAGCCACGCUUCCUGCCCCCCAAGACGGGUCAGCAUUCUCAGACGGCAGGGCAAGUGCCUUUAUCUCUGCACAAUGGCCCUCGCUUGUACGCCUCGACCCCUCGUUUCAAUACUUCCGGGACUCCCAGGCCAGUCUCACAGCAACAGCCACCUCCUUUCUCAACCCCGGCAACGCCUUCGGCUCGGCCACGGGCAACACAGUAUAAGCCAUUGAGCGACGUGAUCGACACCUCGCCAAUCUCCCCACAUGAUCCCCAAGAUGGUGACGAGGACCCCACCCGUCUAGAUGAGUCUGUCGAGACCGACUCGCCCUUGGCCUCUCGGUUGCCGCCGCGUCACUUCCGGACAACCAGGCCAGCGAAGCGUCGUCGAGUCUCCGUGUCCCCAGAGAUAGAUCCUAGCCCUGAAGACGGAAAACAAGAUGUACUUAUGGAGGAUGACGAGCAAGUACAGGUCGCGAGCUCGCCCACUUUGGAUGACAGGAUUGCUGUUGAGUCCUCUUUCGAUCUCGAGGGGCCCGCCGCCAAUUCUCAGCCGCAGUCGCCCCAGGCCCCAGACGAGCAAAUUCCUCGGCAUCCAACAUUUCAGAAUGCACCUCGUUUCAAGACAGCCGAAAUUGCCGCAGAAGUCCACCAGCGACCGCUGCCCGAGGCCUUUUCCCCCCAGCGCCGCGGUGCCAAGUAUGUCGCCGGUGGCCUCGCCGCCGAAGUGCGUGACUGGUUGGUUCAGAUCAAGGGAUCCUCUGAGUAUGACAGGCCAGCCGGGUCGAGUAUUGACAUGGUCGUUGAUGAAGCCAUGUCCGCCCCCAGUUUGCACGUCAUUGCCGCUCGGCGACUCGAUUCUGGAUCUGGUGAUGAGAACAUCGCCACAAAAGUGAUACUUGCUGGCGAUGGCCGCGUGACUGAACUCCGAGGAACGAGCACCGUCAAACCCGGCAGUAAGGUCUCGAUGUCUCAACCCAUGUGGGAUAUCACCCUAGAUGAUAUUGGUCAAAUUGCCGUCGCGUGUGAUUGGGAGACUGCGCGCAGGUGA